UCAGGUGGUCCGGUGGUUCGCCCACUGCGACAAGAUGCUCAAACAGCCUGUGAUGCGAGGUGGAGGUGGGCGUCUCACCUGCCACAUUACCGCCGACGCCUCCUCGUGGCGACGAACCCACGACAGGGAUUUGAGACCAACAGAGGGAGGGGUUCCUUGUUGCGUCUCUCUGUCUCACUCCGUCUCCCUUGCUUCCAGUUCUGGGUUCGAUCGCGUUGCUGGGGAGGAAGCGUGGAGGAAUUCCAGGGGGUUUUCCUUGCUAUCUUUUGCCUUCUUGGGCAACCUCGUUUGCUAUUCACUGAAGGAAAAGAGAGCGUUUCCUUUUGGCGCCUGUCUUUAGGUUCCGGAAGGAAAGUAUCGCGUACUUGGAGGUGAAAUCGGGAUUACCCUGACUGGCUCCCGGGCCGACGGGCGGCCGAGGAUCUCGGGUUCCCUCGAUGGCAGUAGCGAGUAGCUUCGAUCAGUGGCAGAAAGACGUGUUCUUUUCCGCGGCGGAGGAAGUGCAGGAAUCAGCGGAUGUAAUGGAAUCCCUGUUCAGAAUGUGGAUGCGAGAUCUUAAAGAUUCGGAAGCUCCAGAUGAAUUGCACGGGGAGCUUCAUACCGCUCUUGGCACUGCAAAGUGGCAGUUGGAGGAGUUCGAGAAAGCUGUGAGGCUGAGGCAUCGAAGUUAUCCAUCAGAGAAGAAUGCCAUAACCAGGCACAAGCAAUUCGUAGCUGCGAUAGCAGAACAAAUUUCUCGUGUAGAGAAGGCUCUAAGAGAGGAAGGGAAACAACCACUGCGUUGGGUGCAAUUAGAUGCGGAAGAGCAGGAUGAUCUUGCCCUUUUUCUUUCUGAGGUGCCACUGAACAUGCAAGAGACAAGGGAUGAUGUUAAAGGAUCUGAUUGCGACAAUUGCUCGUCUCAAGCAAUAAUUAGGCCUGAAUCAGUGAGGGGCUUAAAGGAUAAAAUCAUCGGUAGCAGUGACGGUAGGCAUGUAGUGGAACCAGCAAUGAAAGAACCUCUCGGAAGGAAAGACAAUGAAGGAUGUGCUGAUGUGGAGCAGUUGCAUGGCUUGAGGAGAGCAUCAAGUUUGCUGGAUGUUGGUGCUUGGAAGAUUGUCGUUGCUGACGAUGUCGGUGCAGAUAGCAAAGCAGUUGAAAUAAGAUCAGAAAUGCCAAACCAUGCAUCUAAUCUAUGCGGUCUUCUAAAAACCGUGGAAUCCGCAUCGAAGUUGAGGUGGUUUAGGAACAGCUUCUGGAAAGCUAAAUCCGAGGAUCUUCAGUUGAGACAUCGCCUCCAAUUUAGGGCGGUUUCUCGGCUUGCUCAGGGAAUUAGCGGGUUGAGCGAAAGAAGCAGGAACUGUUUCGAUAGCUUCAAGGAAGAAUAUAAGCUUUCUAGUGGUCAGCAGUUUGCUGGAAGGCUUGGUGGAUUCCAAAGGCACAUCCCGGGAUCACAGUACUACAUGCAGUUUGGUCGUUCUUUACGGAUCACUUUCUUGCUGGUAUUGAGUAUAAUCUUAAUUGUGCCAUUCGUUCUCUAUUCCACAUGAAAGCUCCUAUUUUACUCUGCUGGCAAAGAUCUGAUCCACAAAGAGAUUGUUCUAUUCUGGAUGAGCGAGGGGCUCGUGAAGAAGAUUCUUACAUCGGCCGAGUCUGUGCACCAUAUUUAGUCUCCUCUCAUGGAUUCUUUCUGCUUUUGUUUUCUGUAUUAAGCCUCUGGUAACAAUCAUCUGUAAAAAAUCUUCCCACGCUUAGAAGAUGUCACAUUAGCAUUAUAGCAUGUAAGUGCCUUAUAUGUUGGUGGGUUCUAAUGCUCUAAGCUAUUCUAGUC